AUGAGGAUGUUAAAUCAGCCUGCAGCAUAUCCAGUACACCCAGACUUUUAUGAAGUCGAAAACCCUAAUGGAACAUAUGAAAAUGUUUUCGACCCAGAUGCUAUUAUUGUUCAUGCUUCAUUUUCUGGCGCCCAAAACUCUUUCUUAUGUCUGAUGAAUGACUUUUACGAAAAACCUACAAAGUUAUACGAACCACCAAGUGGAAGUAUUUCAGACUUUCAAGUAUGGUUUACUACAGAUGGAAGAAAAAGAAUAAUUCCAUUAUACCAUGCGUUUUACUUAGAACUUAGUUUCAUAUACAACUACUAUCGAACGGUAAAAAUAUAA